CAGAAAGUAGGUUGCAAGUCUGUUCUGUACAUCGAAACAUCAUGGUUUUCAAAAUCGUGUUGGUAGCGGUUUGCUUUACAUUUGCUGUAUCAGCUACUUCUGAAAUAGCGCAGCCUCGCAUUGCUGGUGGUACACCCGUUCCCGUGGAACAGUACCCGUAUGUAUCCGCCUUCGUGUACUACUAUCCUCGACCUGACCUCUGGGUACAGAGAUGCGCUGGGACUAUAGUCUCCUCCUGGCAUGUCAUCACGUCAGCUUUUUGCUUUACGGGUGCCACUUUACCCAAUUAUCGUAUUAGGGGCGGUUCCACUUAUAGUAUGAACGGCGGACAAGUGGUUUCCAUUAGAGAAGUCGUUAAACACCCUGAGUUUGUUGAAACUCCUCGUAAAAACGACAUCGCGGUUGUGAUUCUUCAGGAGGUUUUCAGAUUAAGUGGCAGUCUCAAUAUCAUGUACCUCCCUCCUAAAAAUAUUGACAUCCCAAAUGGAAUACCAGCUACUGUUGUUAGUUGGGGAUUUGAAUCAGAACAAGGCCCUAUCCAUAACUCUCUCAUGGCAAUCACCUUGACCACAGUUCCUUUGGAACAAUGUCAGCAGAUCUACGCUGACGAUGCUGAUAUUAAAAUUAAUGAAGCCGUUAUAUGUGCUAACGCGGCGAACUCCGGCGUUUGUUCGGGGGACAUGGGUGCUCCGCUUGUGUCCGGUGGUGUAUUAAUAGGAGUGGCCUCCAACCAUAAGGGAUGCGGUUCGCAGAACUAUCCUGAUGUCUUCACAAGAAUCGACGCUUACGUAGAUUGGAUCAUGGAAGUGGCUGUUGCGCCGUCAAGUUAAAUGUAUCUUAAUUAAUUACUUAGGGGCCGAUCAGUUUAUGAAAAUAAAACAACAAUCGUUAUAAAAAUA